UUUUAUUUGUUUUCCGGAGCGGACUGAUAUUGCAAAAAUGUUUAAGAUUAUUAUAUAUACUGUACUGAGCCUUUCAAUGUUCAAAAGGAUCAGUUGCGAUGCAGAUCCUCACUUGUGCCAACAACACGUGGCUGUUAACUACACGGAGAUGGUAGCUAAGCCUAUGGAGGAAUACGGAAACUUUGCGAAAUACUUCUCAGAAUUGGGAAUACAAGCAGGGAAUAAAACUGUGACCAAAACCAGAAUAGAAGAUAAAUAUCUUUGUUGUCCUGGCUACAAAAAGUCUGCCGAUGGACUAUGUGUUCUCGACCAAACCACAACUUCGACCACGCCAUCGACAACAGAAGCACACGAUUUAACAGAAUCAACUGAAUUACCCCAAAUGGAUUCAUCUAUAUCUAGUUCUAUAACGAAAGUAAAUAGCAGCCACAAAUCACUAGUUUUGGGUACAAUUUUAGGAGUUUGUGUUAUGAUAAUUAUCGUAGCUUCUGUGAUUACAUGGCAAAUUCGGAAGCGCAGAAAUAUACCAAAUAACGGAAGCCGUCAAGUACAAUUUGAUGCUGAAAUGCAAAGAGCUCUAUUAUAAAACUUUUACAAUUCGCAUUAAAGCGGAUAUACUUUGUUAUCUGCUCACAUU